CCGUACGUAGGCAUAGCUGUCGCCUGUCACCAGCUGUCACAUUGUCAAAACAUGCUUUUGUGUUACUUUUAAUUGUGUAGGUAGUUUUCAGUUAGAGAUUAUAAUUUAUUAGAAGGUAAUCAUAAUUUCACUUCAAUGGAAGACGAGGCAGUAGAAAUGAUCCGAGAGACGACUCGAAACACCCUAGUGUUGAACCGGCGUCGACUGAGGGACGAGGAGGCAGAUGCGCGCCGGUCUUUGGGAAAUCUACGAAUAUCAACAGAGAAUGUAAUUAACAUCAUAAAUAAGUUGAAAACAAAGUCUUCGCUGACAGCAGAAGAACUACGAACCCUGAAGAAUGCCCUCAUUGAUGAUGAAGAAAAUAUUCGAGUUGUGUUAAGAGUCCAUGGAGCAUUGAGAGGGCUGGUUAGAGAAUUAUGGGGCCUUGAUGUCAGAAAGCAGUGUGAGGCAGCAGGCUGUCUGUGCAAUCUGGCUUUAGGUGAUGCUAAAGCUGGUGCUGUAAUUGCUAAAGCAGCUGGAAUAUAUCUCAUUCUUUACCUUGAUAAUCUCACUGUGGACUUGUCUUUGACAUGUGCAUGGACGCUCGGUAACCUAGCUGGUUCAGGAGAGAAGGCUUGCGAGUUGCUAGUGGCACAAGGAGCAAUAUCCAAGCUGUCUGAACUGCUGCUUUCCACCAAUGCUGAUGUAAGUCAAGCCGCUGUGGAAGCUUUGGUGCAUUUCACAUACCAGUUGAAAGAUCUACUAAGACCAGAGCAUUUAACGAAAAUCCAGGCAGCGUUAACUCAAAACGAUAUAACAGCUUCAACAUUAUAUCUCAUGUCCAUUCUGUCAUGCCAUCCGAAUUUCUCUGUAAAUAACUUACCAGUACAAUACGUAGAAAAGCUAUUUAAUCACUUUCAAAAUAAUUUAGAGAAUGCCCGUAUUAAAAAAAAAGAAUUGUUGUACGUAUUAAAAAUUUUAGCUAAUUUUAAUAAUGCCACAAUUUAUGAAAGUGUUUUUAAUUGUUUUCAAAGUAAUUUGGAUGUUGUUAAAAUGUUAUUGAACAGUGAUAUGAGGAAUACAUUGUUACAGUUGUUAGCUAAUAUGUAUAAGUGUUAUCCAGAACAUGAGUUGUUCAAGUUAUUAGUAAGCUGAUUCGAAUAUAAUUGUUUUGUAUUGAG